ACGGAGCACGCGAGGGCCUAGCGCGCGCCGGAGGCACGCGGGCGAAAAGUCCUCGGAGGCGCUGCGGGCGGUGCCGAGACACCCGUGCAGCUUCAGGAGCCGCAGCUAGCACCCGCUGCAGCGCCUGCGCCCCCCGCGGCCGGAGGGAGCCCCCCACCCUUGCCUGCUCCAGCGGUGCGCGCGAUGGCCCCGCGCAAGAAUGCCAAGGGCGGCGGCGGCAACAGCAGCAGCAGCAGCUCUGGUAGUCCGACCGGCUGCACCAGCGGCGGCAGCAGCAGCCCCGGGGCCCGGAGAGAGACAAAGCAGGGAGGACCCAAGAAUGGGAGGAAAGGAGGACUUUCUGGAAGUUCAUUUUUUACAUGGUUUAUGGUCAUCGCGUUGCUCGGAGUUUGGACAUCAGUAGCUGUGGUCUGGUUUGAUCUUGUUGAUUAUGAAGAAGUGUUAGCCAAAGCAAAGGACUUCCGUUAUAACUUGUCAGAGGUGCUUCAAGGAAAACUUGGAAUCUAUGAUGCUGAUGGUGAUGGAGAUUUUGAUGUGGACGAUGCCAAAGUUUUAUUAGGCCUUAAAGAAAAACCUGCUCCAAAGCCAACAGUGCCGCCAGAAGAGACAGACAUGUACCCUUGGCUGGAAGAUCAGGUUCUGGAGAGCACAGGACCUCAGAAUAUUGAAGAUGAAGUACACGAACAAGUUCAGUCACUUGAUGAAACAGUAUACUCAGAACAUGGAGAGAACCUGCACCAAGAAUCGGAAGGACCAGCAGAAGAACUGCAACCCGAAGACCAUGUCUUUGUAGGAAGUGUUGCAGAUGACAGACACGAACCCAUGGGAACUGGAGCCGUUCAUGAAGAAACUGAAGAUAGCUACCAUAUAGAAGAGACAGCUUCUCCAGCCUACAGUCAAGAUGUGGAAGACAUGAUAUAUGAGCAGGAAAAUCCAGAUUCCAGUGAACCAGUAGUAGUAGAUGAUGCUGAAAGAACAUACCAAGAAACAGAUGAUGUCACCUACCGAGACUAUGAUGAACAAGUGUACAAGCCAUUGCAAAAUGAAGGGACAGAAAGUUCAGAUAAUGCUGUAGACAAUUCAAACACAAUUUUAGAAGAACUGCACAUGCCUCCUGCAGAGGAACAGCAAGAAGUACCACCAGAAGCAAAUAAGAAAGCAGAUGAGCCAGAAAAAAAAGGAAAAGUGAAGAAAAAGAAGCCUAAACUAUUAAAUAAAUUUGAUAAGACUAUUAAAGCUGAGCUUGAUGCUGCAGAAAAACUCCGUAAAAGGGGAAAAAUUGAGGAAGCAGUGAAUGCAUUUGAAGAACUGGUUCGCAAGUACCCUCAGAGUCCAGGAGCUCGGUAUGGGAAAGCACAGUGUGAAGAUGAUUUGGCUGAGAAGAGAAGGAGCAAUGAGAUCCUGCGCAGGGCCAUUGAGACCUACCAGGAGGCGGCCAGCCUGCCUGACGCCCCCAUAGACCUGGUGAAGCUGAGCCUGAAGCGGAGGUCAGACAGACAGCAGUUUCUAGGUCACAUGAGAGGAUCCUUGCUUACUCUUCAGAAAUUAGUUCAACUAUUUCCUGAUGAUACUUCCUUAAAGAAUGACCUUGGAGUUGGAUACCUCUUGAUAGGAGACAAUGACAGUGCCAAGAAGGUCUAUGAAGAGGUUCUGACCGUGACACCUAAUGACGGUUUUGCUAAAGUGCAUUAUGGCUUUAUCCUGAAGGCACAGAACAAGAUUGCUGAGAGCAUCCCCUAUCUAAAGGAAGGAAUAGAAUCUGGGGAUCCUGGUACUGAUGAUGGGAGAUUUUAUUUUCACCUGGGGGAUGCCAUGCAGAGAGUUGGAAACAAAGAGGCAUAUAGGUGGUACGAGCUGGGGCACCAGCGGGGCCACUUUGCCUCCGUGUGGCAGCGCUCACUGUACAAUGUGCAGGGGCUGAAGGCCCAGCCGUGGUGGACCGCCAAGGAGACAGGCUACACCGAGCUGGUGAGGUCCUUAGAAAGAAACUGGAAGUUAAUCCGAAAUGAAGGCCUUGCAGCGAUGGAUAAAACCCAGGGCCUCUUCCUGCCCGAAGAUGAGAACCUGAGGGAGAAGGGUGACUGGAGUCAGUUUACGCUGUGGCAGCAAGGAAGAAAAAAUGAAAAUGCCUGUAAAGGAGCUCCUAAGACCUGUUCUUUACUAGAUAAAUUCCCUGAGACAACAGGAUGCCGAAGAGGACAGAUCAAAUAUUCCAUUAUGCACCCGGGAACACAUGUGUGGCCGCACACAGGACCCACAAACUGUAGGCUCCGAAUGCACCUGGGCUUGGUGAUUCCCAAGGAAGGCUGCAAGAUCCGAUGCGCCAACGAGACCAGGACGUGGGAAGAAGGCAAGGUGCUCAUCUUCGAUGACUCCUUUGAACACGAGGUGUGGCAGGAUGCCGCGUCUUUCCGGCUCAUCUUCAUUGUGGAUGUGUGGCACCCGGAGCUGACACCCCAUCAGAGACGCAGCCUUCCUGCCAUUUAGCAUUCUGUGCAGGCUCAGGACACGUUGGAGAGAGGCCACCUUUUUGGUUCGGUCUCCUUGGAUGUGGGCAUAGACCUUCAAACACCACAGCCCUUAAUUCUCUUGGUUUGCAGCCUGAAAAAUUCUAAACCUCCUCCCAGGGAUGGAAAACACUAAAGGGAAUAUCUGCCUCACUGCAAUUCUUAUAGAAAAUACCUGCCAUAUUUCAUCCAUGACAGCCCCCAUCUGAUGCCUGGAUUCCAGGUGAACUCAAGAUAGCUUCUACCUUGCCGGCCAAAGAUAUGUUUUUCUCUUAGAAUAGGCGAAAUCAGUAUAAAUGAGAAUACGUGUAGAAACUGUGAAUGGAUUGCUUUAGUUUGUAAUUUUUCUAUGCAGCUAUAUUUUUCUAGGGUAGCUAGAUGGUUUAUCAUCACACAUCACUACUUUUUGUUGAGUUUAAUGACAAGCUGCAUAAAUACUUCUGUUUAAUGGUAACUUUCCUGAUGAACUCAGACUUCCCUAUUUUAAUGAUUUUUAGUAAAAGGCACUCAAAAAAUUAUAUUUUCCUAAUACAAAGCAGAAAGACAUAAUUAUGCCAAUGUCUGAUGAACCAUACUGCUCCUCACCCAUUGAGUCUCUGCUUUUUUGUCUUCAUUAAGAGCUGGUGUCUUAUUUUUUCUUCUCACUCUGUGAAUGGCAGAAAUACUGUCAAAAAUGGUAUUUCUUUCUAAGAGGAACUUUUUACACUGAAAAAGGACCUGGAGUCAUUUUAUAUUGAGUUAUAACAAUGAUGCAUGUAAAUUUUUUUAAUGACAAAUAUCAGGCAUUGCGGGGAAGAAAACGAAAAUUUCUCCAAGUGAGAAUUUUCUCGGGAUCAGCUCUAUGGGGGGCUGCUAGGAUCUCUGACUUCUGGCCCCUUUGCAUCUGUGAAGCAGGGCUGGAAUCCAGAGUGUCUUCUACUGUGGAUCCUUAUGAAUGAGAAGGUCCUUGAAAGGAUUCCUAUCACGACUUUGUAAAAUUAAGAAGGAUGACAGAGUGGAAGGCCAAAAAUGCCAGGAUGUCUGUCCUGGGUGUAGGAUGUCAAAACUGUUUCCUCUUUAUGGUUGUUUGGAGGACUCUGACAUCUCCCUGGCUUGAGAAACUUCUGCCAUUUAAACUUCACUUUGAGGUGUCAAUUAUUAUUGAUAGUUUGGUUUUAAAAUUUGCCAUUGCUUAGAAAGAACAGUUGCCUUACUCGUUCCAAGGCUGACCACAUCAUUAAUUUAGUGGAAUAUUAAUGCAUUAAAUUUUGUGUAUUUUAAACCAAAGCUAACUAGAAAUGUUAGCUAUAAGAAUGUAAUGAUCUUCAUGCACUGAAUUUUAAGCCAAUAUGAACAAAAAUGCUAAAGAAAUGACACAGGUUACCAUGCACAGGUAGAAAAAUCAUUUGUGUUUUGUUUUCUUUUCUAUUGAAGGACAAAGAAGGAUGCUUUCUUUAUAUCAUUUAAAAAAAAAACCCAAACAGUUCUUUAAAAUGCUAUUAGACUGCUUUUGCUUGUCCUUAAGGAUAUUAGCUUCCCUUUGAAGAGUUGCAAAAUAUUUGUCUUAUUUCCUUCUGUUUUGCCAAUGCUGAAAAAUCUCUCUAAAAUAGAUGAAGAAGCAUUUGAGGAAAAAUACCAGAGUGAACUACCAAAGUCUGGAAGGAAAAACAAGCGCUUGAAAAAUAAAAAAGCAUUUGUGUCCUUCAGUAUUUAUUGAACAGAAGAAAGGACCGACAAAGGACAAUGCAAUCUCGUGCUCCCAUGGCGACAUCCAUGUCACUUACUGAAUUUGGUUCCUGUAUGUAUGUUGCAUACACAUAAAGAAAUUCAAAGUAGCAGUUGUCACUGUUGAACCAUCAUCUUACAUUCAUUUAAUGAAAUCAUGGAAUAGAGUUAAAAACAAACUCUUAACUUAAUAAUUAUUAUAUGGUAUUUAAAAUCAGGUCACUACAGUAGGAUUCUAAAUAUUGCCAAUUGGAAAGCCAGAAUUAUUAUUACUGUUGCAAAAUGUUUGGCAAUAAUUGACUCCAGUAGCAUUUUAAACACUUGGAUCCCACAACUGUUUCAUAAACUCAAGUAAUAAAAUGGGUUUUCUGAUUUGCUUUAAUUCUUCAUCUUUCUUCCCUAUGUUGUGGUAUAUAAGAAAAGUCAUUGCAUUGGUAGAAUUAUUUCAGUAUUAGUAUUUUGUUAUUUGAAGUGUUUACACAAAAUGAAUUGGUUUUAUUUAUACUGUGAUGUAAUUGCAAUUGAUUGGGAAAUAUUUUAAAUUCUAUUUCAAUUUUAUUUCAAGAGUGGAAUACAAAAAUCACUUCUGUUAUCAUUUUCUACCAGUAGAAAAAAAAUUAAAACACUAGAUCUAUUGAGAAAGAGAUGUGAUAAUUUGUUAAAAUUAGUAAUAAUAUCUACUGAGGAUGAUUAUGGCCAAUUGAAUCACCUCUUUUCUUUGAAUUUUUUUAGCCAACAAAUUGACCCUCCCAAGUACUUACAGUGUAAAAUCAUGUUUUACUGCUCAUUAUCAACUAUUAAGUAUUUUUUCUUUGACACUGAGCACCAAUUGGUCAUAGUAAUGAAGGCCCAUGUCAUGCAAAUGGCUGGGAGAAUAAGAGAUACAGCUAAAAACAUACAACUGGUUUGGGGAAACAUGGCACAUGUAAGGAUAUCAUAUGCUAUGAUAUCUGUUUAUUUUUAUCUAGUUUCCUUUGAAUGGACAGCUGGGGACUCCAUUUCUAAGGAAAAUAAACAAAGAAAUAAAAUGAUCUUUGGCAUUUCA